AUGGCUGAGAAAAAGCCGAAUUUCCUGGUUAUCGUUGCAGACGACUUGGGGUUUAGUGACACUUCUCCAUAUGGGGGCGAGAUCGACACGCCCAAUUUACAGAGGCUGGCUGAAGAGGGGAUUCGCAUGACCGGCUUUCACACGGCUGCAUCAUGUUCUCCCACGAGGGCUAUGCUCCUAUCGGGUACGGACUCCCAUAUAGCCGGGCUGGGGGUAAUGGCUGAGAAAAUAAAAAAAGCGCCUGAUAUCUUCAAGGACAAGCCUGGGUACGAAGGAUACUUGAACUACCGCGUUGCUGCCCUAGGAGAAAUCCUACAAGAUGCCGGGUACUUCACCCUCAUGAGCGGGAAAUGGCACCUAGGCCUGAAAAAAGAGCUUGGCCCACACGCGAGAGGAUUCACUAAAGUACUCUCCACUCUUCCGGGAGCUGGAAACCAUUUCAACCAUGAACCACAACUAUAUGAUCUCAAGGAGAAGCCAACGGCUAUCUUCAAAGGCGAUGGCAUUUGGAUGAAAGAUGAAGUAUUCAUCAACGGGAGUACGGACCUUCCGAAGGACUUCUACUCCUCAAACACAUUCACAGACUACUUCUUGGACUUCUUAACGGAAAGGACAGAAGAAGAAAAAGCCCAACCUUUCUUUGGCUAUCUCCCCUUUACGGCACCCCACUGGCCACUCCAAGCCCCGCAAGAUAUCAUUGAGAAAUAUCGAGGUAAGUACGAUGACGGACCUAUCGCACUACGAGAUCGCAGGCUCCAAAGCUUGAUAGAAAAGGGACUUGUACCGCCCGAUGUCGAGCCAGCGCCUUUGCACAUGCUCAAGACUCAACCUUGGGAAGAACUAUCAGAGGAUGACAAGAGAAAGUCUUCCCGAGCUAUGGAGGUCUACGCGGCAAUGGUCGACCUCAUAGACGUGAACAUAGGUCGCGUACGAGCCUAUUUACAAGAGACAGGCGAACUCGAUAAUACUUUCAUCGUCUUCAUGUCUGAUAACGGAGCCGAGGGACAACUAUUGGAGGCCUUACCGAUCCUGGCUGGUUACACGGUCGAAGACGUCGUUAAGAAAUACUACGAUAAUUCGUUGGAUAACAUCGGCAACUACAACUCAUUUGUAUGGUAUGGACCACAGUGGGCUGGCGCGGCAACGGCUCCCGCGCGCGGAGCGAAAUCGCAUUCAACUGAAGGUGGAAUUCACUGCCCUUGCAUAGUGCGAUAUCCCCCCGCGUUGAGGCAAAAUGGUCUAGUCACCAGCACCUUUACAACAGUCAUGGACAUCGUCCCAACCAUCCUGGAUCUCGCAGGCUUGGAACACCCAAGCCCCAUCUUCCGUGGCCGAGAGGUCGUGCCCGUCCGAGGAAAAUCUUGGCGACCGAUCUUAGAACAUCCCGAGGACGAGGAAAUCCAGAUAUAUCAACCCACGGACAUUGUUGGCUGGGAGCAGCUUGGAAUAGCCGCUGUGAGGGUAGGUGAUUGGAAGGCGCUGUUCCUCCCUCCUCCCAAAGGGCUGGGCCGAUGGGAGUUAUACGACCUUUCCAAAGACCUCGGUGAAGUUCACGAUCUAGCGGAAAGCCACCCGGGAAAACUAAGGGAGAUGCUUCAACACUAUGAGACCUACUUCCAGGAGACGGGCAUGUUUGAUUCAUACACCAUGUACCACGAGGCGUUGAAGCAGAAGAAAGCCGAGAGAAAGAGAGUUGAGACCAGCCUACUAACCCCAUAUAUCUCAAUUAUCCGCCAGAGCUUAGCUUUCGUACAAGAGAGGUUUCGUAGUGUUGUCAAAAGUACUUGGGGUGAUGAGUGA